GCUGCUGAAAAGCCCGCUGGAUCCUCCACUGACCUGCUGUUCUUUCCUGCUUUCCUCUUGCGUUUUUUUUCCACAUUUAGAUUAAAAACAAAGCUCUCUCUCUCUGUCUCUCUCUCCCCUCCCUCCUCCUCCUCCUUCUUCUUCUUCUUCUUCUCCUUCUUAUCCUUCUUCUUUUUCUGCGGCAGUCAAGGCAGAGUGUGUCAGAGAGAGGGUGAAGAGGAGGGAAAAGGCAGCGAAGGAGACUGUUUGGUUCGAGCCCGAGUGUGUGUUUAUGUUUGUAUGUUUCGCCAUUAGACUGCUGGGUGAAGGGGGCACGAGGAAGAGGAGGAGGAGGAGGAGGAGGAGGACAAGAAGAAGUGGAAGAGAGGAGGAGGAGGCUGGCUGGAUGAAAUCCUCUGUGUCAUGUCACUACGGGUGGACCUUGACUGAUCACAGGGUGAGGAAAAGGGAGACACUGUGAGGAGGAGGAGGAGAGGAAGAGGAGAAUCUGAGACUUCACCGGGGAAACAAGGAGGAGAAGAAGCAGCAGAAGAAGAAGGAGGUGAAGUCAGCGCUCUGUCAUGACAUUGUUGGAUAAACGGAUCGACAGACGGAGUGGUCUUCACUUGUGUGUCAACAGGAAUUUGCACUGAAGAAGAGUAAAGACUGCUGUGUGAAGGACUUGCAGAGUGUGUGAGAGUGUUUUGUGUGAGAGUGUGUUGCUGUGUAACCGGUGGAGGGCAGAGGAGUGGAGGGCCAGGGGACUAACCUGGCCAUCAAACGGACUGGCAGCCUCUCCUCUCCUGGGAUCAUGUACCCUCAGGGCAGGCAUCCGGUCCCAUUGCAGCCUGGCCAGUCUUUCAAGUUCACAGUCCUGGAAACUCUGGACCGAAUCAAGGAGGAAUUCCAGUUCCUCCAGGCUCAGUAUCACAGCCUGAAGCUGGAGUGUGAGAAGCUGGCCAGCGAGAAGACUGAGAUGCAGAGGCACUACAUCAUGUACUACGAAAUGUCCUACGGUCUCAACAUUGAGAUGCACAAACAGGCGGAGAUUGUCAAGCGUCUCAGUGCCAUCUGUGCUCAGAUCAUCCCUUUCCUCUCUCAAGAGCACCAGCAACAGGUGGUCCAAGCCGUGGAAAGGGCCAAACAGGUCACCAUGGCUGAGCUCAACGCCAUUAUCGGGCAGCAGCAGCUCCAGCACCUGUCUCACCACGCCCCUGGUAUCCCCCUGACGCCUCACCCGUCAGGACUCUCCCUGGGUGCAGGAGGCUCCGGGCUCCUGGCUCUGACCGGGGCUCUGGGGGUCUCGGCCCACCUCGCCUCCAAAGAUGAGCGAAACCACCUCGACCCCGAACACCUCAGAGAGGGAGCGCCCAGCAGGAGUAAGUCAGUGUCAUCGACAGACAGUCAGCCGGCUGAGGAACGUCAGGGUCCAUCCGGAGGUUACUCCUCCUCACAGGGAGGAGCUGAGGCCAAGAGGAGGCGCUGCGACGACAAAGAGCCUCUCCCGCCUCACUCAUAUGACAGCGAUGGAGAUAAGAGUGAAGACAAUCUCGUAGUGGACGUCUCCAAUGAGGAGCCUAACUCUCCUGCCGGCAGCCCUCCUCAUUCGCCCCAUGGGAACGGCUUGGACCGGGCCCCCACCUUAAGGAAAGAGCUCCCGGGCUCCUCGAGCGCCGGAGAGGCUCCGUCCACCCCGAACCCCCGCAGCCCCACCCCAGGCAAGGCCAAGGACCCUGCACAGAUGGAUAAGUCCCAGUCUCCGUUGUCCAAGUCUGGCACCCCAUCCCCAUCCCACCGUGAGGCCCUUACCCCUGGAGCUCCAGGAGCCCCUGGUCCCAGCACUUCCUGCCUUCGCCUGGUCAGCAAAGCAGCAGCCAGCGCCGACCCCCUUGCUCUCCGCAGUCCCAUGUCUGUGCCCCCCGGUUCAUACCCGGCUCAUUUUGGCGUGGUGUCCCACGCAGGACUGAAUGGGGAGCUGGCCAGUCCAGGAGGCUUCGGCGGAGCUCUGACUCUCUCCCCACAAAUCAGCGCAGCAGCCAGCGCCUACUCCCGAAGCCCCAUGGUGGCAUAUGACUCUCGGUCUCACCUGAGGGCCCCGGGGUUGUCCUCCUCUCUGCCCGGUUCCUCUGGAGGAAAGCCCGCCUACUCGUUCCACGUGAGCGCCGACGGGCAGAUGCAGCCGGUGCCCUUUCCCCCCGACGCCCUGCUGGGUCCUGGAAUCCCCCGUCACGCCCGGCAGAUCCACACCCUGAACCACGGGGAGGUGGUGUGCGCCGUCACCAUCAGCACCUCCACGCGCCACGUCUACACCGGAGGCAAAGGCUGCGUCAAGGUGUGGGACAUCAGCCAGCCUGGAAGCAAGAGCCCCAUGGCCCAGCUGGACUGUCUGAACAGGGAUAACUACAUCCGCUCCUGUAAAAUCCUCCCCGACGGGCGAACCUUGAUUGUCGGCGGAGAGGCCAGCACGCUGUCGAUCUGGGAUCUGGCCACGCCCACUCCCCGCAUCAAGGCGGAGCUGACGUCGUCGGCUCCAGCCUGCUACGCUCUGGCCAUCUCCCCCGACAACAAGGUCUGCUUCUCCUGCUGCAGCGACGGCAACAUCGUCGUCUGGGACCUCCACAACCAGACGCUGGUCAGGUAA